AUGGCUCUUAAAGACGAUAACCAACCUUCGCUAAUGUCACGCUUGCCGUUUUUCAGCAAGCGGAAGGCUGAGGGUGACAAUGUCUCUGCGAGGGGAUCUAAUGCGGAGGAUGAGCGCACGUCUAACCAACCACCCAAGUGGAGCUUUGGAGUGAUGAACGACAAAUACACUAUCGAAGUCCCAGGCUCUGUACUGCUGCUUGCGGAUCACAGGAAUGAGCCCCUAGGCCUUCGUAAUGUGCCAGCCAGGACAUCUCACUCCUCCAUUCCCACCAGCACUCGUCAGGAGGCACCUUCACCCAGGGUUGACAAGCCCACGAACGACAAGAAGAAGACCUCGGAUGGUAAGAUCAUCUUGGAUCCCCAGCCAGAGGACGGACCGAACGAUCCUCUGAACUGGCCCACAUGGCGGAGGGACGCGGCCUUGCUCUCGAUCGGUCUGUACUGCAUGUUGGGCGGCGGGCAGACAUCAAUCCUGGCGGCUGGCUUCACCAACGUUGCCGAAGACUACGGAGUCCCCGUCGCCAAGGUCUCACUGACCACAGGUCUCUACAUGAUGGGUCUAGGCCUUGGCUCAGUCAUUGCAUCACCUACGGCCAUCCUGUGGGGCAAGCGACCUGUAUACCUCGUUAGCGCUGUGUUGUUCGUUAUCACAUCAGUUUGGUGCGCCUUAUCACCCAACUACGCUUCCCUUGUGGUGGCGAGGAUCUGCCAGGGGAUUUCCGUGAGCCCUGUCGAGUGUCUGCCUUCCGCUACGGUCGCCGAAAUCUUCUUUCUCCAUGAGAGAGCGUUUCGACUUGGAAUCUACACUCUGCUGCUCCUCGGCGGAAAGAACUUGAUACCACUGGUCAGCGCAGCCAUCAUUCAGUCUCUCUCAUGGCGCUGGGUCUUCUGGGUCGUCGCUCUAGUGGUCGCAUUCUGCGGCGUACUUCUUUUCCUUUUUGUCCCUGAGAGCUUCUGGCUGCGUAUGCCAACGAGGAAGCCAUCUCGGCCCGGCCUCUUCCAGCGAAUGUCAUCGCGAUAUUUGAGUCGACACGAGCGAGUGCAGGCUGGGGAGGCUCUUGCAUCACCCCAGGAGGAGAAGCCUCACAGGCCGCAGCCGCACAAAGACGUGCAUUUCUCAACGGGAUCUGAGACUGAGACAGUUGAAAGUCAGGACCAGGUCCCUGGAGGAGAGCACCAUGUAAUUUUUGCGCCUGCUGCAGAAACGGUUAACGACCAUACUCUGGGCACGCCCGAAUCGAAGCUAUAUCAGCACAAGAACGAGAAGCUCGACGUCCCGAGAGGGAAAAGCUCAUCGGAUGAGUCGCCACCUCAUUCGGAAGAAGGCGUCAAGGAGAUUCCUCCAAACAGCACCCCAGCCACUCCUGAUCCCAAGUCCGAGCGACCUAGCAGGUCCUCAUCCAUCCGCAGCCGUCUUCCUUGGGCCCAUCAGGACCCCGAGAAGCGGCAAAAGGAGCAGGCUGAUCUCAAUGCGUAUUGUGAACACUGGCGUGAGCGCGAGGCCAAGUCUUUUGUUCAGCAACUCCGUCCAUGGCACGGCCGACUCAACAACGACAGCUGGCUCAAGGUCAUGAUCCGGCCGUUCAUCUUGUACUGCUACCCUGCAGUCCUCUGGUCCUCGGCAAUCUACGCAUGCUCUGUGGGCUGGCUGAUUGUCGUCUCCGAGUCGGUGGCCGUCAUUUUCCGCGAGAAGUACUAUCACUUCAGCGCACUUAGCACAGGAUUGAUUUACAUAAGCAUGUUUGUGGGAGGGGUCCUCGGGACCGCUGUGGCUGGCAAAGUCUCUGAUAUAUUUGUCAAGGCGAUGGCGAGGCGCAACGGCGGCCUCUACGAGCCUGAGUUCCGACUGAUCAUGGCCUUGCCGAUCGGUGUCUCGACCGUGAUCGGCCUCAUGGGCUUUGGCUGGAGCGCCGAGCUCCAGGAUAGCUGGAUUGUCCCUACUAUAUUCCUGGGUGUGAUCUCCUUUGGUUGCUGCUUGGGCAGCACGACAUCCAUCACAUUUUGCGUCGACAGCUACAGACAGUACGCGGGCGAGGCCCUCGUCACGUUGAAUUUCACCAAGAACAUCCUCCAUGGGCUCGUCUUCAGCUUGUUCGUGACGGAGUGGAUCGAGACCGACGGGGCCAAGUCCGUGUUCAUCUGGCUGGGCGUCAUACAGCUGAUCGUGGUGGCGACGUCUUUGCCCUUAUAUAUCUAUGGCAAGAGGCUUCGGAUGUGGACCACAAGGAACCAUUGGGUCGAGAGGUUAUAG